UACAGAAUGAAGGCUUUUGACAGCGUCUUUACAUCUCUGUCACUGGAACAGUCCAAAGCUGUGUUUAGCUUUGCCGAAGGCUACUUGAAGCGAGUUGUGCAAAAUGGCUUCGCUUGUGCUUUACCAGGGGAGGACAGUCAAAUGUGGCUCAUGGAGAAUUAUGGCCAAUUUUGCAUCUUUGCUCAAUACAGCGAUUUUGUCCUUUUAAAUUACAACUUUAAUGGGUUUGAAGUCAUACAGCUGCUAACUGCUGUGCAACUUGCUGACUUAACUGUGAUGUCAACAGCCCUGUCCAACACUACAGAAAUCCAGCUCAUCUUUAGCUACUUAGUAAAAGGAAAUGCAGUCUACAACUUUGCUGAAUACUUUUCGGAACUAAGCAGUCAGAAAGUCACUGUCCACAAUUCAGAUGUUGGAGCCUUCAUGAUUGAACAGGUCUAUCAAAUCGUCGGUCCAUAUUUCUUCACAAUUAGCAGCUCCGAAAGAGCAGAAUGGUUGCAAGUGGCUCUUGUGCCAGUACUUCCUUGGAUCAACCCCCAAAUGGUUGCGUCUGCAAUCUCUAACACCAGUUGUGCUGAAUACCAGGCAAUAUUGAGUGGGCUGGGUGGAGCUGCUGCCGACAUGAGUCCUGAAACAAAGAAGGAAAUAGCACAUGUGUUACUAAACUAUCUGCAGGAAAAAAGAAGUGCCUCAGAAUGUUACACAGAAGGAAUCGGUAUUGGGGAGUGGAUCAACCAGAACUUUGGACCCUUUGCAGAAAGCCUAAAUGCCCAGGACAUAAUCGAUUUAAAUCCAAACCUACAAAAGUUGAAUGAUUUAGACACUCUUCCUCCAACAAAAAUUGCAGCCUUGAUAUUUGACUCCAGCGUUGGCGCCCUGGACAGUGUUUGGGUCGCUAGUUACACCUUUGAUGUGCUUAUGAACUUCAUCAGUGAAGAAGAGAUUGAAGUAUUCUUUGACAGUUUUGUUUCUUUCGCGUCCAAGAACAAUGUGACAGUCAUCAGAAACACUCAAGUGAGAGAGACCAUGCUGAAUAAAACAUUUGAAGCUCUCCUCCCCUAUUGGGUUUAUUUCAAUUCCUCUGACGUGUAUGACUGGUUUACAGUGAGGUUGUCCUUGCUUUUACCCAGUGUCAACUCUGAUGUACUUGGAUCUAUUCCAUUAAGCAUCACCUGCAACAGUUACAAAGCAGUAAUUCAAGGGCUUACUGACGUCUCUCAAUCAUUGACAGUGGAACAGCGUGAUGACAUUUUUAGUUUCAGCAGGAAUUACUUACUAACCUCCAGUGAAGGUUCUAGUUGUUCAGGCAGCAUCACCAGCAGUAGACAGUGUCUAACACAGAUUCUGGGCCCCUUCUAUACAAGUGCUUCAUACCUGGAACUUUCCCAGCUCUGUGGAAAUUUGAAUGGGAAGGAAGUGCUGGAAUUGCUUUCCACAGCCCAGGUCGCCCAGUUCACCGUGCACCUUCUCCUGGAAGACGAGGACAGUGAGAUGCUCGUCAGUGACAUCUCUGAAAUUACCAUGUCCUCCUUGUUCCAAGAAAACAUUGAUACAUUCUUCUACCAGUUUCAAACUUCUGCAUUGCAGCAAAACCUCACAGUCAUCAAGAACACAAAAGUGGCAACACUCAUGCUAUACAGAGCCAUCACCAUCCUGACUCUUCGUUUCCCAAGCUUUACCCUCUUGGAUUGGCAAGUUUGGUUUCAAGUGAAACUGGCCCCACUGCUAUCCGGGGUCAAUGUCAACAUUUUGUCAGCUCUACCGCAGAAUAUUUCCUGUGAAUCUUACCAAGCAAUAAUGAAGGCUUUUGACAGCGUCUUUACAUCUCUGUCACUGGAACAGUCCAAAGCUGUGUUUAGCUUUGCCGAAGGCUACUUGAAGCGAGUUGUGCAAAAUGGCUUCGCUUGUGCUUUACCAGGGGAGGACAGUCAAAUGUGGCUCAUGGAGAAUUAUGGCCAAUUUUGCAUCUUUGCUCAAUACAGCGAUUUUGUCCUUUUAAAUUACAACUUUAAUGGGUUUGAAGUCAUACAGCUGCUAACUGCUGUGCAACUUGCUGACUUAACUGUGAUGUCAACAGCCCUGUCCAACACUACAGAAAUCCAGCUCAUCUUUAGCUACUUAGUAAAAGGAAAUGCAGUCUACAACUUUGCUGAAUACUUUUCGGAACUAAGCAGUCAGAAAGUCACUGUCCACAAUUCAGAUGUUGGAGCCUUCAUGAUUGAACAGGUCUAUCAAAUCGUCGGUCCAUAUUUCUUCACAAUUAGCAGCUCCGAAAGAGCAGAAUGGUUGCAAGUGGCUCUUGUGCCAGUACUUCCUUGGAUCAACCCCCAAAUGGUUGCGUCUGCAAUCUCUAACACCAGUUGUGCUGAAUACCAGGCAAUAUUGAGUGGGCUGGGUGGAGCUGCUGCCGACAUGAGUCCUGAAACAAAGAAGGAAAUAGCACAUGUGUUACUAAACUAUCUGCAGGAAAAAAGAAGUGCCUCAGAAUGUUACACAGAAGGAAUCGGUAUUGGGGAGUGGAUCAACCAGAACUUUGGACCCUUUGCAGAAAGCCUAAAUGCCCAGGACAUAAUCGAUUUAAAUCCAAACCUACAAAAGUUGAAUGAUUUAGACACUCUUCCUCCAACAAAAAUUGCAGCCUUGAUAUUUGACUCCAGCGUUGGCGCCCUGGACAGUGUUUGGGUCGCUAGUUACACCUUUGAUGUGCUUAUGAACUUCAUCAGUGAAGAAGAGAUUGAAGUAUUCUUUGACAGUUUUGUUUCUUUCGCGUCCAAGAACAAUGUGACAGUCAUCAGAAACACUCAAGUGAGAGAGACCAUGCUGAAUAAAACAUUUGAAGCUCUCCUCCCCUAUUGGGUUUAUUUCAAUUCCUCUGACGUGUAUGACUGGUUUACAGUGAGGUUGUCCUUGCUUUUACCCAGUGUCAACUCUGAUGUACUUGGAUCUAUUCCAUUAAGCAUCACCUGCAACAGUUACAAAGCAGUAAUUCAAGGGCUUACUGACGUCUCUCAAUCAUUGACAGUGGAACAGCGUGAUGACAUUUUUAGUUUCAGCAGGAAUUACUUACUAACCUCCAGUGAAGGUUCUAGUUGUUCAGGCAGCAUCACCAGCAGUAGACAGUGUCUAACACAGAUUCUGGGCCCCUUCUAUACAAGUGCUUCAUACCUGGAACUUUCCCAGCUCUGUGGAAAUUUGAAUGGGAAGGAAGUGCUGGAAUUGCUUUCCACAGCCCAGGUCGCCCAGUUCACCGUGCACCUUCUCCUGGAAGACGAGGACAGUGAGAUGCUCGUCAGUGACAUCUCUGAAAUUACCAUGUCCUCCUUGUUCCAAGAAAACAUUGAUACAUUCUUCUACCAGUUUCAAACUUCUGCAUUGCAGCAAAACCUCACAGUCAUCAAGAACACAAAAGUGGCAACACUCAUGCUAUACAGAGCCAUCACCAUCCUGACUCUUCGUUUCCCAAGCUUUACCCUCUUGGAUUGGCAAGUUUGGUUUCAAGUGAAACUGGCCCCACUGCUAUCCGGGGUCAAUGUCAACAUUUUGUCAGCUCUACCGCAGAAUAUUUCCUGUGAAUCUUACCAAGCAAUAAUGAAGGCUUUUGACAGCGUCUUUACAUCUCUGUCACUGGAACAGUCCAAAGCUGUGUUUAGCUUUGCCGAAGGCUACUUGAAGCGAGUUGUGCAAAAUGGCUUCGCUUGUGCUUUACCAGGGGAGGACAGUCAAAUGUGGCUCAUGGAGAAUUAUGGCCAAUUUUGCAUCUUUGCUCAAUACAGCGAUUUUGUCCUUUUAAAUUACAACUUUAAUGGGUUUGAAGUCAUACAGCUGCUAACUGCUGUGCAACUUGCUGACUUAACUGUGAUGUCAACAGCCCUGUCCAACACUACAGAAAUCCAGCUCAUCUUUAGCUACUUAGUAAAAGGAAAUGCAGUCUACAACUUUGCUGAAUACUUUUCGGAACUAAGCAGUCAGAAAGUCACUGUCCACAAUUCAGAUGUUGGAGCCUUCAUGAUUGAACAGGUCUAUCAAAUCGUCGGUCCAUAUUUCUUCACAAUUAGCAGCUCCGAAAGAGCAGAAUGGUUGCAAGUGGCUCUUGUGCCAGUACUUCCUUGGAUCAACCCCCAAAUGGUUGCGUCUGCAAUCUCUAACACCAGUUGUGCUGAAUACCAGGCAAUAUUGAGUGGGCUGGGUGGAGCUGCUGCCGACAUGAGUCCUGAAACAAAGAAGGAAAUAGCACAUGUGUUACUAAACUAUCUGCAGGAAAAAAGAAGUGCCUCAGAAUGUUACACAGAAGGAAUCGGUAUUGGGGAGUGGAUCAACCAGAACUUUGGACCCUUUGCAGAAAGCCUAAAUGCCCAGGACAUAAUCGAUUUAAAUCCAAACCUACAAAAGUUGAAUGAUUUAGACACUCUUCCUCCAACAAAAAUUGCAGCCUUGAUAUUUGACUCCAGCGUUGGCGCCCUGGACAGUGUUUGGGUCGCUAGUUACACCUUUGAUGUGCUUAUGAACUUCAUCAGUGAAGAAGAGAUUGAAGUAUUCUUUGACAGUUUUGUUUCUUUCGCGUCCAAGAACAAUGUGACAGUCAUCAGAAACACUCAAGUGAGAGAGACCAUGCUGAAUAAAACAUUUGAAGCUCUCCUCCCCUAUUGGGUUUAUUUCAAUUCCUCUGACGUGUAUGACUGGUUUACAGUGAGGUUGUCCUUGCUUUUACCCAGUGUCAACUCUGAUGUACUUGGAUCUAUUCCAUUAAGCAUCACCUGCAACAGUUACAAAGCAGUAAUUCAAGGGCUUACUGACGUCUCUCAAUCAUUGACAGUGGAACAGCGUGAUGACAUUUUUAGUUUCAGCAGGAAUUACUUACUAACCUCCAGUGAAGGUUCUAGUUGUUCAGGCAGCAUCACCAGCAGUAGACAGUGUCUAACACAGAUUCUGGGCCCCUUCUAUACAAGUGCUUCAUACCUGGAACUUUCCCAGCUCUGUGGAAAUUUGAAUGGGAAGGAAGUGCUGGAAUUGCUUUCCACAGCCCAGGUCGCCCAGUUCACCGUGCACCUUCUCCUGGAAGACGAGGACAGUGAGAUGCUCGUCAGUGACAUCUCUGAAAUUACCAUGUCCUCCUUGUUCCAAGAAAACAUUGAUACAUUCUUCUACCAGUUUCAAACUUCUGCAUUGCAGCAAAACCUCACAGUCAUCAAGAACACAAAAGUGGCAACACUCAUGCUAUACAGAGCCAUCACCAUCCUGACUCUUCGUUUCCCAAGCUUUACCCUCUUGGAUUGGCAAGUUUGGUUUCAAGUGAAACUGGCCCCACUGCUAUCCGGGGUCAAUGUCAACAUUUUGUCAGCUCUACCGCAGAAUAUUUCCUGUGAAUCUUACCAAGCAAUAAUGAAGGCUUUUGACAGCGUCUUUACAUCUCUGUCACUGGAACAGUCCAAAGCUGUGUUUAGCUUUGCCGAAGGCUACUUGAAGCGAGUUGUGCAAAAUGGCUUCGCUUGUGCUUUACCAGGGGAGGACAGUCAAAUGUGGCUCAUGGAGAAUUAUGGCCAAUUUUGCAUCUUUGCUCAAUACAGCGAUUUUGUCCUUUUAAAUUACAACUUUAAUGGGUUUGAAGUCAUACAGCUGCUAACUGCUGUGCAACUUGCUGACUUAACUGUGAUGUCAACAGCCCUGUCCAACACUACAGAAAUCCAGCUCAUCUUUAGCUACUUAGUAAAAGGAAAUGCAGUCUACAACUUUGCUGAAUACUUUUCGGAACUAAGCAGUCAGACAUAA